GCGAGCGGAGAGGAUGCUGCUGUCCCUGGUGCUCCACACGUACUCUAUGCGCUACUUGCUCCCGAGCGUCGUGUUGCUGGGCUCGGCGCCCACCUACCUGCUGGCCUGGGCGCUGUGGCGGGUGCUGUCGGCGCUGCUGCCCGCUCGCCUGUACCAGCGCGUGGACGACCAGCUCUACUGCGUCUACCAGAACAUGGUGCUCUUCUUCUUCGAGAACUACACCGGAGUCCAGAUAUUGCUAUAUGGAGACUUGCCAAAAAAUAAAGAAAAUGUAAUAUAUUUAGCAAAUCAUCAAAGCACGGUUGACUGGAUUAUUGCAGACAUGCUGGCUGCCCGACAGAAUGCCCUUGGACAUGUGCGCUAUGUGCUGAAAGACAGGUUAAAAUGGAUUCCAUUGUAUGGGUUUUACUUUGCUCAGCAUGGAGGAAUUUAUGUAAAACGAAGUGCCAAAUUUAAUGAGAAAGAAAUGAGAAACAUGCUUCAGAGCUACGUGAAUGCAGGAACACCAAUGUAUCUUGUGAUUUUUCCAGAGGGAACGAGAUAUAAUAGAACACAGACAAAAGUCCUUUCAGCCAGUCAGGCAUUUGCUGCUCAACGGGGCCUUCCAGUAUUAAAACACGUGCUGACACCAAGGAUAAAGGCAACUCAUGUUGCUUUUGAUUCUAUGAAGAGUCAUUUAGAUGCAAUUUACGAUGUCACAGUAGUUUACGAAGGGAAUGAGAAAGGGUCAGGAAAAUACUCAAAUACACCGUCCAUGACUGAGUUUCUCUGCAAACAGUGUCCCAAACUUCAUAUUCACUUUGAUCGUAUAGACAAAAAUGAAGUUCCAGAGGAACAAGAACACAUGAAAAAAUGGCUUCAUGAGCGUUUUGAGAUAAAAGAUAAGUUGCUCAUAGAAUUCUAUGAUUCACCAGAUCCAGAAAGAAGAAAUAAAUUCCCUGGGAAAAGUGUUCACUCCAGACUCAGUGUCAAGAAGACUUUACCAUCAGUGUUGAUGUUGGGUAGUCUGACUGCUGUCAUGCUCAUGACAGAGUCUGGAAGGAAACUGUAUGUGGGCACCUGGUUGUAUGGAACCCUCCUUGGCUGCCUGUGGUUUGUUAUUAAGACAUAAGCAGUUGCGGGCUCCAGUCAUUGUCUCUUACUGAUGGCUGCACAUUACGUCACAUUGUUUCCUGAAUUAAAGAAGAAGUUUUUUUAAAGCCUUGGUGAUUGAACUCUGGAUAAAAUAGAAUUAGUGACCACAGCCAACAGGCAGUUGAUUUGGGACAAACACACAUGGCUUUUCAGGUGCUGGGGUUGCUGGAAAAAUGAAAGCUAAGUGGAGUUUAUGCUGUUUUUGUGUUCUUCAUGAACUUAUGUCCACUUGCAAAAUCAUUUGGAUUGUAGAAUUUGAUGUUGUUUAUAAUUCAGAUGGCUGUAUUUUAACAUUACUUUUUAGCAUAGUUCGCUAUAUUGGUUAUCUCCCAUCUUGAUUACUUGGCAGCUCGAACUCUUAUCACUAAAGUAUUUUAUAUUUUGAAGCUAUGUGAUACUGGGUUUUUGUAAAUUCUGCAAGUCAUGGAAAGAUAUUGUAAUUAUGUGUUAAUGUUCAAAGAAAAAGGUGAGAAGUAUUCAUGGCAAAAAAAACCUGUCUAGCAUUAUAUUUUUAUUAUAUUGCUCUAUUUAGCUAGUUUUCUUUAUAUUUACAAAAUAACAAACAUUUCUAAUAUUUAUUAAAAUUGCUUAAUUUGCAUACCCCCUAUUCUACAGAGAAUAAUGUGUAAAGUAUCAGAGUAGAGUUGAAGCUCUGUUGUGACUGUCUCAUUUGGCGGAGCUUUAAAUAGCCCAGCAUCUGAGCUACUGAGUUAGCGCCUCCCAGUGUCUGUGCUGUGAGUGCUUAUAAACAUAAGGGCCCUGUUAUUUUCAUAACAGCACGGACAACAACAGUGAUGGAAGUCUGCCAGCAUCCUGAUUGUCUGUCCUAGCACGUGCCUUCUGCCUGUCUCCCUUUGCUUUCGCACUGCAUUUGGUCUGGAGCGUGUGCGUUCAUGGUCGCUUGCUGCUUCUCCCAGCCCUUGCUUUCUGGCUUGGUGUCCUCCAGUGGUGCUGUUCAUUGUUGGGGUGCAGGCAGUGCUGCCUGACUCAGAGGGGCAUUUCCCUGACUAUGGGUAAGCCUCCUUGGCUACCGAAGAAGCGUUUUGCAUUUGUUCAUGUCAGGUAACAUCAGAAUUGGGUAAAUUUUAUUUCUCUUUAGUUUUCAUGGAGCUACACUGUUGAUACAUAUCACCUGGGAACAAGAGCUACCUUCCAGGACCAACUCACACUCUUCUCAGUCAUGCAACAGUGUAUCCUAUGGAAGGAGGCCUUCUAAAGUUUGAUUUGCUGUAUUCUUAGUUGUAAUUUAAGUGUGAUUGCCUACUAGUCCUUUAAGGUACCAUUUCUGCAUACAGAUUUUUGUCACAAAAUUAUACCAAUGAUUGAGUUGAAAUAGACCAUUUGAAUCACAAUAAAUAAAUUUUUUUAAUUGAGGGAAAUUUUGCCUCUUACAUUGUUUUCCUGAAAUCAGAAAAUGAGCCAUAGCCAACAUCUUUGAAGAGUCACAUGCUGUCACUUGGUUUCUAUGCGUUUGUAUAUUCAUAUAUGGAUAUGUAUAUUCACAUGAAUAUGUAUAUCUGUAUAUUAAUAUGCAUAUUCACAUAUGGAUAUGCAUGUUCACAUAUGGAUCUGUAUAUUCAUAUACAGUACACAUACAUCCAAAGAAUUUAGUGGCCUAAAAGCAAAUAAAAAACUUGUUCAUCAUGUUACUGUGCCAAGUUGUAAUCGUCUUUUACUUAAAAAGUGAAGUUGAAAUCAAUCUCACAUUUUGGUUAAAUACAUUUUUUAAACAGUCCUAUUAGAGCUCAUUUUGACCAGAUCAAAAUAAGUACAAGCUAGGAGACUUUAAACAUGGCUGCGGACAGGAGAAACAGCUCAUCAGUUAAAGAGCAGUUGCCAUUUUUGCAGAGGGUUCAGUUCCCAGCACCUGCGUGGAGGCUCACAAAAGCCUAUAAUUCCAGCUCAAUUGGAAUCGGACAUAUUUUCUGGCCUGUGUGGGAAGCCACAUGCACAUGCAUACAUACAUACACAUAUAUGUACACACAUUAAAACAAAUUAUGUAUGUGCUGUGUAUUUGAAUUUUAGAAGACAGUACCAUUAGAAUUACAUGGAUAUAACUGAUUCUUUUUAAACAGGGCAAAGUGGUCUACAUAUGGUCUUUUGAACAUUAGAGCUGUAAUUACUCUUCUCGAGAGCAGUCUAUAAAAUUAGAAAUAAAUUAUAUCAAAAUGUUUGGAAAACUAGAAGCGUCUCUUAAACAUGUUAAUUUUGACUUGACAUAACUAUUUUCUGAAAAUUAACAGCUUACCUGUGAAUCCUUUCAGAUAAUAUAAUUUAAGAUUUUAUUUAUAUUACUGUUAUAAUAAAUAUUACUGUUGACUUGCAGCUUAGGGGCUACUGUAGCUUUCCUUGAUAAGAGUGCCAUCACUGUGCAUGCUUUUAUGUUUCUUGGAAAGGGUAUUUGGAUGAAAGUAAGGAAAUAAAAGCUCUCGUUGCUCUCAUGUCUGCGCUGUCUAACAUUUCAUGGCUCAGGGUUCACCUGUUUUCUAGCAUGUAAGAGGUUCAGUGGUUAGCCCUGAAUUCUGAAUUUAUAAAGCUACAUUAUUUUUUAAGUAUUGAGCAAAGUUUAAAAAAAUACAUUGAAAAACCCCAAUUGUGAAGCAAUGAGAGAGUUGGGCUAUAUAAGCUAAUUUUCCUACUUUAGAGGGUGUGUGCCCUGUGCUCAUGGUUGUCAGUUCAGUGAUCAGCAGGUGACCCCCCAGGAAGCUUGUCAGGUGUCACUCAACAAGGCUGUAAAUAAAAGUGCCAGCCUGACCAAUUCUUAGACACUUGGUGGUUUCUUCCAUAUUUCAUUUCUGUGUAAUUUUUUUCACUUAAUUAUCAGUUUUCUUUAUAGUUCGUAUACUCAUUACUUUUCCCUUUACAGUAUUGCAUGCUUUAUCAGUAAUGACUUGAUUAGCUAUUAAGAAAAAAUUAGAAAUUAAAAUCUGCCAAAAUGUAGGCAUAAAAUAAUUGACUCCUAAUUGUAUAUCAGAUCCAUAUUUGAAAGGACAGAAAUGUCUCACAAGAUAAUAAGAUCAGAUGUAAAAUACUAAAAAUGAGUUUUAACCUUGCAAAUUGUUGUGAAGUGCUGAGAUUGAAGGCUGGGUUUCAGGUUUUCUGGCUCCAGCACUGGUGUCUGGAAUGUUAGAGUAUCUAUAGGCAGGCUGGUUUCUCCUUUUUGUCCUUUAGUCUGAGGAUUGGCUGACUUAAAAUAUUACCAGUUCCAUAUAAUUUGCAUUAUAGGCAGAAUGCAUAACAUUCCAGCGUUAGUGUGAAAACUUUGAUCAGUACUCUGAAAGUAAUAUUUGGUAUAUUCAGAUAAUUUGAUAAUAUGUAGGUAAAGUAUUUGUGUGAUUGAACUGAAUGUAAAAUGUUUUAUUCAGAUAUCGUGGAUAAAAGCUGGGUGUUGUGACACAUGGCUGCAAUCAGGGUACUUGGAAAACCCAGGCAGGAGGAUAGCUGCAAGUUGGAGGUCAGCCUGGUCUACUUAGCAAGUUCCGGACUUGUCAGGUCUCUGUACUGAGAUCUUCUUUACCCUGACUGCACAUACAAAAGAAUCACUAUCAAAAGAAUCUGUAUCAAAGUGGCACAGAGAAUCACUUUGAAUUUAGCUACAACAUUUUUGUUGAGAUUUCAUUUGAGGGACUGGAGAGAUGGCUUAGGGGUUAACAGCACUGGCUGCUCGUCCCAGCACCCAGGUGGCAGUAAUUGAGGUUACUGUUUGUAACUCCAGUUCCAGGAGAUCUAACACCCUCACAUAGAUGGGGCAAAACAUGCAGGCAAAACACAAGCACACAUAAAUUAAAAAUAAAUAAAUUAUAAAUUUUUUUUGAAGAUUUCAUUUAAUAUAUGUUUUUGUAAGCUGGUAGAUCUGAUGUUUUUGAUAAAUGGAGAGCCAUAAUGUGGAGUUCCAUUAGAGGCCAGAAAUCUACUUGUCAUAUAAUGUACCUUACGUAACACAUAUACGUAUUAUGUAUCUAAUUUAACUAUACCUGAUUGUUACCCAAGCAGAGAAAUUCCUUGGAAAAACUCCUUCAAAUAGAAAUCUGACAUCAGAGUAGAUCCUCAGUACGUGCCUUUUGAUGCUGAGACAGGCCAGUGUUUCAUCCAGACUGUUGGUUUGUGAUUUAUGUCUGAAUAAAUAAUUAAUAAAGAUAUAUUCUACAGUU